GUCAGGUGUGAGAGAAGCUGAGGCAGGAACAGGAAGUAGCUGAUCUGUGGUGACAGGAAAUGAACCGAGAUGGAGGCGAAGAUGUUGCUGCUGCUGCUGCUCGCCACUCUGGGUCCAGCAGCUGGCAGCCAUCAUGGCCGCCCCAUGCCAGGCUCUCCGUAUGACAUCAGCAGGAACGCCGCCGCUGUCCAGCAGGCCGUCCUUGGCGCCACCCACUCCUUCAACAGCCAAUCAAAUGACGCCUUCCUGUUCAAGCCGUCGGCCGUCGUCAGAGCGCAGCGACAGGUGGUCAGAGGGAUCCGGUACAUCGUGGACUUCCAGAUCUCCAGGACGGUUUGUCCCAAACGGAACCGGACCUCAGACCUGGACCGGUGCCACCUCCAGCCUCCGGGCCGGCUGGCCCAGGUGAGUCUGGAUCUGAGUCGCAGGAGGAUCCGAUGGUUCUGGAUUCUGGAGGUUCUGACCGACCCGUCUCUGUCCAGACCUUCCGGUGUCACCUGGAGCUGUGGCUGAUCCCCUGGAAGCCUGGGCGGGAAACCCUGGAGCUGCUGUGCAGAUCGCCCCAACAGGAGCCGGUUCUGAUCUGAAACCAGCUCUGUUCCGGAACCAGAACCGGUUCUGAUCAGGAUCUGAUUCUGUUUAAAUGAUGAGUGAAUAAAGAGUUGUAGCAGA